AGAAGGAUAAUUACAGUGAAUGGGAUCGAAUUUGACCCGAGUAGCACAAUCUCCAAAAUCCACCAUGUGCUCUAAAAAUCGUGAAAAAUCACAGAUGUAUAGAGGAUUAUGCAACGACUUAGUGCUGUAUUAGACGGUGUCUCAUUUUCAUUAAGUAUGCGGGCAGAGAGUAAAUUCAUCUGAUUUCUGACAUUUAUAAAACAAGAAAAUUUUUUCGACAACGUGAAACAUACAUUCCACCGCGCAGACUAGUGAAAUGUAAAAGGAACGAAGAAGAGAGUUUGGUGCGAAUACUCUGUGAGAGAUACUGGUGUCGCGAUGUCGUCGAGUGGUGAAUUUUCGACGUUGUCGAGCGGCGAGGCCACCGGAACUGGCGAGGACUCGUUGCCGAGCUCGAGAGAAGCGACCGCCGAGGCCGCGGGUUCCGGCGGUGGUUUCGUGCCACUGCGCGAGUUCCUGGACAGAUUCUCACUGCCAAGGGUGGUCAGGGUCGAAGGUGCCGGUGGAAGGCCGAUACUGCUGUACAAGCAACAGCAGAGAUCGCUCCGAGUCACGGCUACGCUGCUGAUGCAUCGUUACCGUCACGAUGUCAAAGUGGGACCGGAAAUAGUCAUCCCGGAAGGCUAUCCUGGAAAAGAAAAAGAAGGCAAAAAGAAGACGAGAGCAAUGGCCAAUCCGCAAGGUGAAGGAAAUGAAGAUUUCCCUGAUCUAAAUUUUGAGUUGCCGUUGCCGGAUUUGCAACAGCAGCAGCAGCAGCAGGAUCCGCAACAGGAACCAAUCAUGCAACCAAUGUAUAUGCAAAUAAUUCAACAAUUGCAGCUGCAACAGCGGCAACAGCGCCAACGGUUGCAACAAUUAGAGCGGCGGGUGGAGCUGCUCCAAAAUAUGUUGCAUAUGUUGCAGAAUGCGGCGAGAUAA